AUGGCUUCUUCAGAGAUAGAGGUGGUGUCAUCGGACUCCAAAACCCAGAAAAACCCUACCGAGGUGCCGGUGGUCGACGUCUUCUCCGCUUCUGCUUAUGGCGAUUUUCAGAAACUGAGAAAGUUUGUCGAACAAGACGGUGCCUCUCUCUCCAACCCUGACGUCCAUGGCUACUACGCCCUCCAUUGGGCUGCUCUUAAUAACUUCCCCGAUAUAGCUCAGUACAUAAUUGAGCAUGGUGGCGAUGUCAAUGCGACUGAGAAUAUACAACAGACAGCGUUGCACUGGGCAGCUGUGCAGGGUGCAAUUGCCGCGGCGGAUGUGCUCUUGCAGAAUGGAGCUAGGGUUGAAGCUGCUGAUGUAAAUGGAUACCGGGCAGCUCACGUUGCUGCUCAAUAUGGGCAAACAUCUUUCUUGAAUCACAUUGUUGCAAAGUAUCAUGCUGAUUUUGAUGCACCUGAUAAUGAGGGGAGGAGUCCUCUUCAUUGGGCUGCAUAUAAGGGAUUUGCAGAUACAGUUAGGUUACUUCUGUUUAGAGAUGCAAGCCAAGGGAGACAAGAUAAAGAAGGUUGUACCCCUUUGCACUGGGCUGCUUUAAGAGGAAAUGUAGAGGCUUGCACUGUUCUUGUUUAUGCUGGUACUAAGCAGGAAUUAAUGGUGAAAGACAAUGCUGGUUUUACUCCUGUUCAGAUUGCAUCUGAUAAAGGUCAUCAGCGUGUCGCUCUUUUCCUUGCUAACCAGCAGCGGGCUCACAGUAACCGUUGGAGAGACAAACUUUGCAGUGGGAAGAUGGCAGAUAUUGGUUUCGCUCCUAUCUUGUUGUGUACAAUAAUCUUUCAAACAAUUCUCUUUAUGAACUCGGUCCUCGCAGCUCCUAAUCUGACAAAGGUUACUGCUGCUGUUGGCCUUUGGGGAUGGGCUGCUAUUUCGUUAGCUGUGGGUUCGCUAAUUAUGUUCUACAGGUGCAGUAGUAAAGAUCCAGGUUACAUAAAAAGAGCAGGGGAAUUCAGCGGUCAUACAGACACAGUGGAUCGUUUGUUGAAUAUUGAUUUGAACAACAACUCUGUAUGGAUGGGAAAUUGGUCUCAACUUUGUCCCACUUGCAAGAUAAUUAGGCCUGUUCGCUCUAAACACUGCCCCACAUGUAACCGAUGUGUAGAACAGUUUGACCAUCAUUGUCCAUGGAUAUCUAAUUGUGUUGGCAAGAGAAACAAGCGAGAUUUUUUUAUUUUUAUCUGCAUGGGAACUUUGACGUCGAUCAUUUCUGCUGCCGUUACAGUUCAAAGGAUUUGGAGUUCAAUGCCAGCAUGGAGAACUGAAGAAACAUGGAUUCAUCAUGUGGUAGUUCAACAUCCUAGUGUUGUUGCUUUUCUGUUUUUGGACGUUAUUAUUUUGGUUGCUGCUACAACUCUGACGGUGGCACAGGCAACUCAGAUAGCUCGAAAUAUCACCACCAAUGAAUUGGCGAAUGCUAUUCGUUAUGGGUAUCUUCGUGGUCCAGAUGGGCGGUUCCGGAACCCAUAUAACCAUGGGUGCAGGAAGAAUUGUGCUGAUUUUCUCAUUCAGGGCCACACAGAUGAUGAUGAAAUUGCUUGGCCUCCAUUGCAGCAGGUUACCAGUUAG